CGGAGACGCAAAUCAAGUCGCAAAAGCGAGAGAAGGUUGACGCUGAGCUAUGUGAAAGGAAGAAAGAGGUGUGGGUACCUGAAGAGGCGGACGUGCGUUUCUUGGAAUUGUGAAAACAAGUUCGCGUGAUCGAUUUUUCGACAGAAUAAUACAACAAAAAAUGUGUUUGGUUUAGUGAAUUACUGAUUAUUGGGUGAAAUGAUGGAUUUUCGGCGACGCAGGGGUUAAUAAUUGUACUUAUCGUACUUAUUUGAGGCAAACUUUUAAGAUUGAAAUAUUAAUUAACAGAUAGCGAAGAAUUCCCAACAGGAUUAACCCAAGUUCAUAGAAACCACAAUGAAUGGUCCUACUGUGACAGACGACUGAUCCAAACACAAGUGAUGAUCUUAUCUCAGAGGCGCAGACACACAAAGCCAAGUGCAGUCUACUCACUGGUAAAUGUUAAUCUUCGCAAUCAGCAUGGAGUGAAAUCCAGAUAAGAUUCUGACAGCAAUAUAAUUCACAGAGCAUUCGUACUAUAAGUGCAGCCAUGAGUAAUACACACCAAAUUAUAGUCUUAAUACUGAUAUCAACAACGACUCUACAUGCCCAAACGCACGAUGCCACACCAUCGAGCGAAAUUCCCAGAAAACGAUUCACCUGCCCAGUCGAACCAAACUGCAGCUGCGAAGAAUUCACCUCAAAGGUCGAUUUCUACUGUCCGAAGUUCAACCCAACGCUGUACGUAAAUAUCGAAGACAACCGGAGGACAGACAUGAGAUGCUCACCGGAUUCGGAUCAGGAUGCUUACGACUUCAGGAGCGUACAAAAUCUGGAAAUUGGUAACGCUCCCUUGCUGUUAGUGGCCGAUUGCCAGUUGGAUAAGGAUCAGCCAAUUCUGGAAUCGUUCAAAUUCCUAGGAGUUACGAACGUCAGGAAUUUUCUGUAUAAGAACACUAAAGAAGGCGUGAGGUACAAUGCGAGGUACUUUGAAGGACUUGAACAGCUGGAGAACCUAACCCUGGCUGAAGGCGUUAUUAGUUUGGAAAAGGAUACGUUUUCUGGAUUUCGAGAUUUGAAAAGGCUAACCAUCGAGCACAACAAAUUGGUGUUGAGACCUGGAACAUUUGAAGUCCUUACAAAUUUGACCAAUCUUCAAGUAGCGUACAACCAUAUCAGCAAACUUGAACCUGGAGUUUUUGACGGUCUUGUUAAUUUGGAAGCACUUUCACUAGCCUUCAACAGCAUCGCAAAAAUUGAGUCCAGCACAUUUGAAGGUUUGCGCUUACUGCGAAUGCUAAACUUGCGAGUUAAUAAAAUUGAAUCAUUUGAUUCCAAUGCAUUCGCAACAUUGACCGAGCUCACCAGACUGGAGGUCACAUUCAAUCCUUUCGUCAGUUUACCGACAAAAAUGUUCGCCACCAAUAAGAAACUGAAAACAUUGAUACUAACGAACAACAAGAAUUUCACAACGCUCGCCGAGGAUUUGCUUGCCGAUUUACCGGCGUUGGAUGUCGUCAAUUUGAAUAGUAACGGAAUUCAACAUCUCUCAAAAUUGUUGUUCCGCGGUUCCUCGAAUAUCACCGAGCUGAACCUGGCUCAUAAUAGGCUAGAAAGUCUACCGGAAGAACUUCUCAGCGAUCAACAGCGAUUACAGAUUUUAAAUCUCAAUCACAAUCGAUUGAAGGAGAUUCCUGACUAUUUUUUCGAAAGAACCAAUGAAUUGCGGACCCUGCAUCUUUCCAAUAACCACCUGCGGAGCUUGUCAGAGAAAGUUUUUUCUAAGUUGGGAAGAUUGAAGGAACUGCAUUUGGAAAACAACAAACUUCAAACCAUCGCUCAAUUCAUUUUCAGUGGCACACCCAUUCUAGAAGAGAUCUACAUGCAGAAUAAUCAAUUGGAUUUUCACGCCAAUAGUUUUAAACACGAAGAACUAAGCAUAGCGGAUAACGACAAUACCCCCUUCCAGGUUCUAUCGAAUCUUCGGAUUCUUCAACUGAGGAACAAUAGUAUUUCGACGAUCUUUCAAGACUGGUACAUCAACAAUUUAGAACUUACAAAUCUGGACCUCAGUUUUAACAAUAUCUCCGAGCUCUCCUACACGGAUCUACAGUUCCAGUCAAAUAUUUCGCUGAAUCUCGCCAAUAACGAAAUAUCUCGAAUCAUUCUUGCUGAUCUGGACUUGAAAUCCAAUCAGAAGAUAAAUGUCAAUCUCAAUAAUAACCCUCUGCAGUGCGACUGCAAUCUAUUGAAAUUUGUUCAACUAGUCCAGUCCAGGCCCGAACACGGACUUCUGUUCACCACCGAUAACCUACGGUGCGCAGAGCCUCGAAACCUAUUUGAUGCCUCUAUGGAUGAGCUGCAAACCAAAGAUCUUGUGUGUGAAUUUCCAUCCGCCGAGGACUGUCCACAGAACUGCGACUGCGCGCUAAGACUCGUGGAUCACACAGCCGUCAUCAACUGCUCAGGGCGUGGACUAACUCAUAUUCCUAAACUACCAACACCUUCACAUCUUCACGAAGACUUCAAUGCUCUUGAACUUCAUGUCGAGAAUAAUGAAAUAACUUUCCUACCGGAUUCAUAUCUGACGGGAUACAAUGAGGUCACCCAGUUAUACGCUCAAAACAACUCCAUCCGGAAGGUGCUCCCUCAAAACAUCCCAUCGAAACUCCAGUUUUUGGACCUCAGUCAAAAUCAGCUGCAACUAGUGGAAGAUCCAACACUGGAAGUCCUCAACCGAUCCAGUCAUCUACAAACCGUCAAGCUCUCACAAAAUCAUUGGCAGUGUGAUUGCUUGGCGUCCAAUUUCUUAAUUUUCGUGCAACAAAACCCGCAUUUAAUCGCCGACAUAUCAAGGGUGCAAUGUCAUCCAUCCGGUAAAUCUUUUGACUCCAUCACCGUCAACGAACUGUGUUACGAAGACUACACCAUUCAACUAGUGAUGUGCUUUGUCAUAGCUGCUCUCGGAUUGCUGAUCGGCUUAACCUCCCUGCUAUUCUUCCGCUACCAGACCGAAGUCAAAGUGUGGCUCUUCACGCACAACCUCUUCCUGUCGCUUAUAACCGAGGAAGAACUGGACCGAGACAAACUCUACGAUGCGUUCAUUUCCUAUUCACACCUGGACGAAGAGUUCAUCACCGAUGAGCUGAUCCCCAAGCUGGAGAACGAACCGAUGAACUUCAAAACCUGUUGGCACGUCCGGGACUUCAUGCCCGGGGAGAUGAUCAUGACGCAGAUCGUCAAAUCCAUCGAAGCGUCCCGCCGGACGGUGAUUGUUCUGUCGAAGAACUUCCUGGAGUCCAGCUGGGCCAAGCAGGAGUUCCGGCAGGCGCAUGUCCAAUCGAUGGAGGACAACCGCGUGCGGGUGAUCGUCGUCAUCUACGAGGACAUCGGAAACAUCGACCAGCUCGACGGGGAGCUGAAGGCGUACCUCAAGACCAACACCUACGUCAAGUGGGGCGAUCCGUGGUUCUGGCAGAAACUCCGGUACGCGAUGCCACAUCCUCUCAAGGUGAAGGGAAUCAAAUCGGCGGUGUCGGAAAUUCACUUGCAACAAGUGACAGCGACGAAACCAACGCCUGUAUAGCCCAUGCCGGGUCCUGGGGACCCCCCUACAGAAUACUCACAGCAAUCCCACGCAAUACGCUCUCUUCUCAAUAGCAUUGGCGAGCACAACGUGGAGAAAUCCGUACUUUAAUCAACGAGUGGAUUUAACAUGAUCUUGUGAAGUCAUGUCACCGUUCAAGGGUUCGAAAGGUGCAUCCAUACUGCUAAAAUGUUUUAAAGGUACUAUGGUCAUAAUAAAUACAGAUUUGAGAAAAAAAAAUUACUUCAAAAGUAAAUCGAAGAAAACUGUGAUCAGUGUUGGAGCACCGCCAUUCAGUGCCUUAAUAUAAUAACGUCAUGAGUGUCAUUUAGUACAAAAUGUUAAGCAAUCGCCUAUAACUAAUACAACUUUAAUCCUAUUUUCUACCAGGAGAAUCGUCAUUAAAUUCUUGAAGAGAACGCGGAGUAGAACCCGCUGAAAAGAAUGCACUGAAAUAUGCUUAUACCGAGAAAGUUCGAGAUCCCGGUAAACUUUGUUAUCAAAAGUUAUUUGCGACAACUUUCAGCAAUUGGUAAUUGCUUAAAAUAUUAGUAUUUUAAUAAGAAAACAGGUUUAAUAUGCUACAGUAGUUAAAACACUUGUUGAACAGUGAUCACAUUUUCAAUACAAUCUUUUGUCAAUAAGCAUUGGCAGGUACUACUUACCUCUACGCACAUUAGCUUUGUUGUUAUCGCAUACAUAAUUAUUGAAUAAGCAAAAUGUUACAAAAAAGUUAUUAUAAGUGAUGAUAUUUUUAAAUAUUCUAUAGAUUCACUCUAAGUGAAUCUUAUUUUUAUUAUGAUGUUAGUUUAAGGGAAUCUCUUAAGAAUGUGGCUUAUGAAAUUAUUUUAACAAUAAUGAAUGCUGUCUUGUGAAUGUUGAACAAAUAUGAAAAGAUUUGGAAAAACUCGCCACGUAAAAACCAUUUAUUAUAGGUUUUGAAAUAAAUAGUCGUGUGCAUAU